AUGCCACGUGUCUUCCGACUGUGUUCCCGCGCUCCUGAUUCUGAAGUUCCCCGUCCGGAGCCACCCUUCACCGGUGAUCUUUGUCUUCGCUAUACUCCUGGCCUCAAGGAAUUGGUGGCCGAUGCUAUUGGCCUUGGUCCUCCGGAUGCCGAUACUGCUGACGCAGCUGCAUCUGCUGGUUCUUCUUCUCCCCAGAACACGAGGGUGAUUCCACAGCCUAUGCUCCAGAUAGCAAGAAUACCACAAACACCCUUGAAGAACAAGAAAUCCCAUCUUUCAUAUUCUUCUGCCGGAUCUCUGAAUGGUCGAUUCUUUGCGGAUGCGGUGUCUAAGCUCGAGGUAGUCCUAGUAGCUUCGAUCAUGGCGACUACCAACCACACACAAACCAAAACCCAACGACAAAAGCAACGUUGA